AUGUCGCAAAAACUUCGAAGGUUUGUAUUUUGGAUUGGUUAUGAUGGAUCAAAAUUUCCUGAAAUGGCCAGAGGUGCAACAGGUUUCGGAGUGAUGGAUUUCCUAUCCCAGGUAUUUUUUUGCUAAAAAUCUUGUCAAAAUGUAAACAUGGAGUAUUUAGGUUGUUUCAGAAUCUGUAUUUGGUUCGAAUAGAAUGAGCAAUCAUACUCUUAAAUUCUCUCCAAGUUCUAGAACCGAUGCAAAAGUGCAUGCUGUUCGAAAUGCGGUGAUUUGCCAAGUUCCACUUGAAUUUGCAAAUUUUGAUGAGACUGCAGUCAUAAAAAAUGAAUAUAUGAAAAGGUGGGAGAAUAUUGUGGAAACUGUAAAUCCUGGUUCUCUGAAAAUUCGAGAUGUGCAUCGAGUUUCUGCUGGUUUUUGUGUUCGCAGAAAUGUUGGUUAUCGAAUUUAUACCUAUCGAUUGGCGGUGGCAAAAAACUGGGAAACCUGGGAAAGUAUUCGAGAAGAACCGAGCCUUGCUUGUUUUUCAGAGCAACAUUAUGCAUGGAGGAUUCCUCCGGGGUUCAGCCCAGAAAAGUUGGAGAAAGUCGGAAAACUAUUUGAGGGUGAACAAAUUAUGGGCUCAUUUUUCAAGCAUACUGAAAGAGAGAAACGAAAGGAGCCGAUUCAACCGAACGCUUUGAAGUAUAUUUUCCAUGUUGGAAUUUAUCCGGGUGAAGCUUAUUCUCUAGAAAAUGAUGUUUAUGAUUAUUAUAAUGUUAAAAUCGUAGCGAAAUCAUUUGUAAGAGAGCAGGUAUUUUAAAAUUAAUUUUUUUUAAACAUAUAAAAGGUAAUUGUUGCAGAUUCGAAGAAUGAUGUCAUGCUUGGUGAAUUGCGCCUAUGAUCGAAUGCCUGUUGAAAAAGUCAAAUGGCUUUUGAAAAAUCCUAAAUCUGCAAACUUUUUCGAUUCUGGGAUACCUGUCGCUCCUCCAAAUGGUCUAUUUUUAACUGAUGUUGUUUAUGACCCUGAAAUGUUUGUUAAUCCUAUCCCAUAUCAUUUUCAUUCAUGGGAUUAUUGUUAAGCUGAUAUUUUUUAUUUUUUUUGUUGAUAAUAAAUUUGUUUUAUUUUACGCGUUCAAAUGUUCUCUUUCCAGAAGAAACAAAAAGUUUCGAGAGAAAUGAAAAAUUGUCCGAGAGAAAUCCGCAACAGCUGUCCAACAAUUGGUCUCGCAACGAACAAAAGGAGUGACGCCGCGCAAUACCGUAGUCCUGCAGUUUAAAAAAUAUUUUUUUUGUUGAACUUUUUUUUGAAGUUUUCCGACUUUUUUCAACGUUUCUGAAAGUUUUGGGUGGUUUUUCUGGGUUUUGCAAUAUAGGUGGUCUUUUUCUCCACAUUUUGACAUCAAAUUCAUAUUGUUUUAUGUCGAAAAUCCUCUUUGUUUUGAACUUUUAGGCCUUUUUUAUUUUUUGUAUUUUUAUAAUUCUCGCAAUAAUUUUAUUCAUUUUUUCAGGGUACUUUCUAGAUAGUCUUAACGGCUACUUUUUUAUUUCUCAGGCUUUUUUAAUCAGCUUUUUUGUAACUUUAUCCUGUUCUUUUUUUGGUUCAGUAAAAGUAAAGGUAAGGUUUUACAUGAAAGUUUAAUCAAAAAACGAAUUAUUUUUACAGAUUUGUAGUAAUGGAAGCUCAAGAUAACAAGAUUAACGGUAACGCCUCUGAGACUAUUAAAGAAAAUGGACACUCAACUAAGGGAAAUGAAGACAAGUGAGUUUUUGAAUAGUGCUUUUCUUCUCCACCUAUCUUUCGUUGUAGUAUAGUAAAGUUAAAGGUUCUUUUCAUUAUUAGCCGGAAUUUACAGUGAAUAUACUCAUAAUAUUUAUGAGAAUUACGACAUUCUUUCCAUUUAUAUCGUUGGGGAAAUUAUACAAUUUAUUCUCUCCCGGAUAGCAACUGUUUCCAUAAGCGACUAUAGUUAUUCCCUAUUUCUUGCGCUUCAAUAAAGAUGUAGGUUCCGAAAUUAAAAAGUGAAAAUUGUGUAGAUAUUUAGAUAUUCAACAAAAGGUUUGAGAAGGCAAUGUUCAUUUUAAUUUAGUUCUUCCAGGAAGAUAUUUGUUGGAGGAAUUGCACCGGAUGUCACAAACGAAGAUUUAAGCUCCCACUUCUCUCAAUAUGGAGAGGUGUCGCAAGCUCAAGUCAAAUACGAUCGAUCGAACGGAAGAUCAAGAGGGUUUGCUUUUGUUGAAUUCAACACUGGUGAAAGUUGCAAGUUGGCUCUCGCCGCCCGUGAGCAAGCCAUCAAGGGAAAAUCGGUAAGUUAACAUAGUUUUUUUCUUGAUCAAAAAAUUAAUAAAUGAACAUUAUAGGUUGAAGUGAAACCAGCCAAAUCGCGGGAAAACAAGAAGGUUUUCGUUGGUGGUCUUCCAUCAGACUACAACGAGCAAGAACUCCGCACCCAUUUCGAACAAUUCGGAAAGGUUGACGACAUCGAAUGGCCAUUCGAUAAACAGACAAAGACCCGGCGAAACUUUGCUUUCAUCGUCUUUGAAGAAGAAGAAUCCGCCGACAAGGCCUCUUCUCAGACAAAACAAACCUUCGGUGUUCGCGAAUGCGACGUCAAGAAAGCCGUGCCACAAGGAAAACGGUUCAACGGACCAAACGGCCGUGUCGCCGGCGGACGAAUGUUUGGCGGAAGAGGAAACCAGAACGCCGGUUGGUAUGCUGGAUGGGGACAAAUUGGAGCCAUUCCAUACGGUGGAGCUACUGCUUGGGGAGAUUGGUAUGGAGCCGCCAACAAUUAUUAUGGAGGUCAACAACAUCACAACAAUCACCAAAAUGGAACAUCUCAAGGAAACAAUUACAGCAAUGGUGGUUAUAACCAAAGUGAGUUUUUGUUUUUAGUUUUUAAAACCAAUUUGAAAAGCGCUAGAAAAGCUCGUUUCGUUUUCUCGAGUUGGGCUAUGUUCUUGAAGAUCCUGUUUUUUCAAAAUUGUUUUCUCACAUACGUUCAAUGUGAAUUAUAAUUUAUUCGCAUUUUGUACUCGUGAAAAUUACCAUAAUCUUUGAAUAUUUUAUUUAAAAAAAACACCAAUUUUUAGGAGGAAACAACGCAUCCAACGGGUAUGAAUACCAACAACAACAGCAACAGACCCAACAACAACAAGGCGGAAGACCAAAUGGAAAUGCCAACGGUCAACGCUUCCAACAACAAGCCCAACCACAACAAUUCUAG